AAAAGAAAAAAGAAAAAAGAAAAAAGAAAAAAAAAAAAAAAAGAAAGAAAAAGUUUGAAAGAGGACGGUGGCGAAGACCAAAGAGCUUUGGCUUAUGCAUAGAGAAGUAGUUCGGUCUUUUUGACUCCAACCUAAUAAAGGCGAGAGAGCUAAGGAAGAAAAGUCCUACUUUCUUUCUAUCGCUUUACUCUCCGUAGCUAAAAAUCUAGCCCUGUUUCACCUUCUCUUUCGAUCUCCCAAUUCCCGCUCUCUCAUCUUUUUUCUUUCUCACGAGCAAUUUGGAGGUCUUAGGACGGAUUAGAUUAUGAUGUGUAAUGGUUGCAAUAGGAAAUCUGCAAGCCCUAACUUCGCGAUGGACGGUGGAUUUAAACGAGGGGGAUUGGGAUUUUGUAUCUCUGUUUUGCUUGAAUUUUCAGCUACAGAUGAUUUGAUUGGAUUUAGGAGUGCUGUUGAGGAAGAUGGUCAUGAUAUUGAUGAGGCAAGUUUGUGGUAUGGGAGGAUUUUUGGUUCUAAAAAGAUGGGGUAUGAAGAAAGGACUCCUCUUAUGGUUGCAGCCAUGUUUGGGAGCCUGAAUGUUCUGUCUUAUAUCCUUCACAGUGGUCGUGUCGAUGUUAAUAGAGCUUGUGGUUCAGAUGGCGUAACGACUCUCCAUUGUGCUGUUGCUGGUGGUUCUGCUGUCGUGGAUCAGGUCGUCAAACUCUUGCUUGAUGCUUCAGCUGAUGUGAGUGCUGUCGAUGCAAACGGUAACCGGCCUGGUGAUUUGAUUGCUCCUGAUUUUACUUCAGCCUUUCAUUCAAGGAAAAAAACAUUACAACAAUUGCUAAAUGGUCAUGAAGAAGGUCUUAGUUCAUCUGAGGCAAUAUUUUACGAGAGAGAAACAUUGGAGCCACUGGAGCUUUCAACCCUUCGAGCUUCUCGAGAUGGGACGGAGAAGAAAGAGUAUCCAGUCGAUCUCUCACUUCCGGACAUCAAGAACGGAAUCUAUAGCACGGAUGAGUUCAGAAUGUAUACUUUUAAGAUCAAACCUUGUACAAGAGCUUACUCUCAUGAUUGGACAGAGUGUCCUUUUGUUCACCCUGGCGAAAAUGCAAGGAGGCGGGAUCCGAGAAAAUAUCAUUACAGCUGCGUCCCAUGUCCGGAAUUCAGAAAAGGAACAUGUAGGCAAGGGGAUGCCUGUGAAUAUGCUCAUGGAAUAUUUGAAUGUUGGCUCCAUCCUGCUCAAUAUCGUACCCGUCUUUGUAAGGAUGAAACUGGAUGUACCAGAAAAGUCUGUUUCUUUGCUCACAAGCCAGAAGAGCUCCGCCCCUUGUAUGCUUCAACCGGUUCUGCUGUACUGUCUCCAAGAUCAAUAUGUGGUUCUUCACUAGACAUCGCUUCGAUCAGUCCACUUACCCUUGGUUCUCCUUCAGCUUUGAUACCUCCUUCGUCAACCCCACCUUUAACUCCUUCUGGAGUUUCUUCUCCAAUGGGUGGAACCGUGUGGCAGACUCAGUGUAAUAUUGCUCCCCCAACCUUGCACCUUCCAGGUAGCAGGCUAAAGGCUUCCUUGAGCGCAAGAGACGUGGAUUUAGAUGUCGAGUUACUUGGUCUCGAAAGUCAACGCCGUAGACAACAACAGCUAAUGGAUGAGAUGUCCUGUCUACCUUCCCCUUCCAGAUGGAACAAUGGCAUACCAACUCCUGCAUCUUUUCCUUCCCCAAGGAGUAGAAAUGGAGAACUGAAUGGUCUUGGAGGCAUGAAGCCAACUAAACUCGAGGACAUUUUCGGGUCUGUAGAUCCUGCAAUUUUGCCUCAAUUACAAGGACUUUCAUUGGAUUCUGUGGGAUCUCAGGUACAAUCCCCUUCUGGAAUCCAGAUGCGCCAAAGCCUGAAUCAGUCUUUCCUCUCAAGCUAUGGUAACAGCAUUGGAUCCCCUCCUCCAAGGUUGUCUCAACCAUCCGUGUCUACUGCAGCCAGUGUUCUGAGUUCUAGAGCUGCUGCUUUUGCCAAGCGUAGCCAGAGCUUUAUCGAACGUAGUAUGGUGAGCCGCCACACGGGACUAUCACCCCCAGCUACAUCCACAACUACCAUGCCUUUGAACCUGUCUGAUUGGGGUUCGCCCGACGGAAAACUAGACUGGGGAAUUCGUGGAGAAGAACUCAACAAGUUAAGGAAGUCUGCAUCAUUUGGGUUUCGAAACAAUUGCACCAGUUCUCCAGUGACGUCCACGAUGCACACUACCGCUCCCGAGCCAGAUGUGUCCUGGGUUCAGUCCCUGGUGAAGGAUGCUCCAUCCGAAAACGCUGUGCAGUUGAGUAUGGACGAGCAGCAGCAGCUACUUUGUCAUAUCAAUAAUGGCGAUUCGAAGCAAAUGUACAUGGAACAGGAGCAGUUGGUUGCUUGAGCUUUGGAGUUUAGCCUCAUUUUUUUUCUUGCUUCAAAUUAACGGGUUACUGAUAUUAUAUAUAUUUAUAUAUUUUUUAAAAAUUGCUCAUUGAUAUUCAUCCUAAUUAGUUAGGGGAGACUUUCCCAAACUUAAAAGAAUAUUGUAUCCAGAGUAUUAUUAAUCAAAUUUGGGCAGAAGAAAUGUUUCUGCCCAUUCCAUAACUAGUUACUUUUCAUUUGAAUAAUAACAUAUUUUAUAUUCAACA